CCCGCCCCGCCCACUUCCGCUUCCGGCCCGGCGCUGCCGCCGCCGCGAUGUCGGACUCGGAGAGCGAGGAGGAGGCGGAUGGCGGCCGCGCAGAGCCCUUCUCGCUGGCCGGCUUCCUCUUCGGCAACAUCAAUGAGGCCGGGCAGCUCGAGGGGGACAGCGUCCUCGACAAGGAAUCCAAGAAGCACCUGGCCGGGUUGGGGGCCCUCGGACUGGGCAACCUGAUCACCGAGAUCACAGCCAGCGAGGACGAGAGCACGGAGGCUGACGGAGCCCACCUGGAUGACGAAGGUUGGGUUAAGAGCACAGAAGAUGCUGUUGAUUACUCAGAUAUUAAUGAAGUGGCAGAAGAUGAAAGCCGUAGGUAUAAGCAGGCAAUGGGCAGCCUGCAGCCGAUUGGAAGACAAGAUGAAGAUGAGGAUGAUUAUGAUGCUGACUGUGAAGACAUUGAUUCCAAGCUGAUGCCGCCACCGCCACCACCUCCAGUACCUGGAAAGAAAGAAGAUGAAAAGGAUGCGGCUGCCACUGGAAUUGUGCAGCGAGAUGCUUCCAAGCUGUUGCCGAACGUUACGGAGCUCUUCCCGGAAUUUCGACCAGGCAAGGUGCUGCGUUUCCUCCGUCUCUUCGGCCCUGGAAAGAAUAUCCCAUCAGUUUGGCGUAGUGCCCGAAGGAAGCGCAAGAAGAAACAUCGGGAGCUGGCACAAGAAGUGCAGAUACAGGAGGGUGAAGUUGUAGCUGAGAGCGGAGUGGAAGGAAAAUCUCCCUGGGAAUAUGAGUUUGCUGCUCCUCCCCCUCCUGAGCAGUGCCUUUCAGAUGAUGAGAUUACUAUGAUGGCACCUGUGGAAUCAAAAUUUUCUCAGUCAGCUGGUGAUACAGACAAGGUGACAGAUACAAAGCCUAAAGUGGCAGAAUGGCGCUACGGCCCAGCACAGCUCUGGUAUGACAUGCUGGGAAUCCCAGAAGAUGGCAGUGGAUUUGAUUAUGGCUUCAAGCUGAAAGAGAAGACAGAGCCAGAGGUUAAAGGACAGGCAGAGGAGAAGGAUGCAGAGUCAGUGGAUGAGAAGGACGAUCUGCUAGCUGAUGAGCACUUCCUUAUGGUGACACAGCUCCAGUGGGAAGACGAUGUUAUAUGGAAUGGAGAAGAUGUCAAACACAAGGGAACAAAAACACAGCGGGCAAGUUUGGCAGGCUGGCUGCCAUCAAGCAUGACUAGAAAUGCCACUGCAUACAAUGCCCAGCAAGGGUUGAACCGUAGUGGCUCUUUGCUCAAUCCACCCAUUCCACUAGCACAGAAACCAGGUGUAGCAGGGGUCCUAGGUAUGGCAAAGGGCAAAGAAAAGCAGACCCCUGAACAGCAAGUUUCCCUGGAUGAAGACAAGCCCUGGUAUUCCAUUUUCCCAAUUGAUAAUGAAGAGUUAGUAUAUGGCCGGUGGGAAGACAAUAUCAUCUGGGAUGAUCAGGCAAUGGAGACCUAUUUGGAUCCCCCUGUCUUGACACUUGAUCCAAAUGAUGAAAACAUAAUUCUAGAAAUUCCUGAUGAAAAGGAAGAAAUGACUUUGAAUUCUCCGUCCAAGGAAAACAAGAAAGAAUCUUCUUUAAAGAAGAGCCGAAUACUGUUGGGAAAAACCGGUGUCAUAAAGGAAGAACCACAGCAGAACAUGUCUCAGCCAGAGGUGAAGGAUCCCUGGAACCUCUCCAAUGAUGAGUUUUACUACCCUAAACAGCAGGGACUUCGAGGGACAUUUGGAGGCAACAUCAUCCAGCACUCUAUUCCUGCAGUGGAACUUCGCCAGCCGUUCUUUCCCACCCAUAUGGGUCCUAUGAAGCUUCGACAAUUUCAUCGGCCUCCCCUGAAGAAAUACUCUUUUGGUGCUCUGUCCCAACCAGGGCCGCAUGCUGUGCAACCUCUACUGAAGCAUAUAAAAAAAAAAGCUAAGAUGAGAGAGCAGGAGCGUCAGGCUUCUGGGGGGGGUGAAAUGUUCUUCAUGCGCACCCCGCAGGACCUGACUGGCAAGGAUGGAGAUCUCAUUCUUGCUGAAUACAGUGAGGAGAAUGCUCCUUUAAUGAUGCAGGUUGGCAUGGCAACGAAGAUUAAAAAUUACUACAAAAGGAAACCUGGCAAAGAUCCAGGAGCUCCAGACUGUAAAUACGGAGAGACUGUUUAUUGUCACACUUCUCCAUUCCUGGGUUCUCUGCAUCCAGGUCAGCUACUGCAGGCAUUUGAAAACAACCUUUUCCGGGCCCCUAUCUAUUUACAUAAGAUGCCUGAGACAGAUUUCCUGAUUAUCCGGACACGACAAGGCUAUUAUGUCCGAGAAUUAGUGGAUAUUUUUGUAGUUGGCCAGGAGUGCCCACUUUACGAAGUACCCGGUCCAAACUCUAAACGAGCUAACACCCAUAUCAGAGAUUUUCUGCAGGUUUUCAUUUACCGCCUCUUCUGGAAAAGCAGAGACAGACCUCGGAGGAUUCGCAUGGAGGACAUCAAGAAGGCCUUUCCCUCACACUCAGAGAGCAGCAUCCGAAAGCGGCUAAAGCUCUGUGCUGAUUUCAAACGCACAGGGAUGGACUCCAACUGGUGGGUUUUAAAGCCGGAUUUCAGGUUGCCAACAGAGGAAGAGAUAAGAGCAAUGGUGUCCCCAGAGCAGUGCUGUGCUUACUACAGCAUGAUUGCAGCUGAGCAGCGACUGAAGGAUGCAGGUUAUGGGGAGAAAUCCUUCUUUGCACCAGAAGAAGAGAAUGAAGAGGAUUUCCAAAUGAAGAUCGAUGAUGAGGUGCGCACAGCUCCAUGGAACACCACACGAGCCUUCAUUGCAGCUAUGAAGGGCAAGUGCCUUCUAGAAGUGACUGGUGUAGCAGAUCCUACUGGCUGUGGUGAAGGAUUUUCUUAUGUGAAGAUUCCAAACAAACCAACUCAGCAAAAGGAUGAUAAGGAACCUCAGCCUGUGAAAAAGACGGUAACGGGGACAGAUGCUGAUCUUCGUCGGCUCUCUCUCAAAAAUGCCAAACAGCUUCUGCGUAAAUUUGGAGUGCCUGAAGAGGAGAUAAAAAAGCUGUCCCGAUGGGAAGUAAUUGAUGUGGUACGCACCAUGUCUACAGAGCAGGCUCGUUCAGGAGAAGGUCCUAUGAGCAAAUUUGCACGUGGCUCUCGGUUUUCUGUAGCAGAACAUCAAGAGAGAUACAAAGAGGAGUGUCAGCGCAUUUUUGAUUUGCAAAAUAAGGUUCUGGAAUCCACCGAGAUCCUGUCAACAGACACAGACAGCAGUUCAGCUGAAGACAGUGACUUUGAAGAGAUGGGAAAGAACAUUGAGAAUAUGUUACAGAACAAGAAAACUAGUUCUCAGCUCUCUCGGGAAAGAGAAGAGCAGGAACGGAAGGAGUUGCAAAGGAUGCUUUUGGGAGAAGACAGUGGGAAUGACAAAGACAGGGGCAAAAAAGACAGGAGAGACAAAAAGGGGCUGUCUUCAGGAGCCUCUGCCAGCUCCCACAAAGAUGAUGACACUGCCUCAGUAACCAGCCUUAACUCCUCUGCCACUGGCCGCCGCCUCAAGAUCUAUCGCACGUUUAGAGAUGAGGAUGGGAAGGAAUAUGUGAGGUGUGAGACAGUGCGGAAGCCCUCUGUCAUCGAUGCCUACUGCCGCAUACGGACUACCAAGGAUGAAGAGUUCAUUCGCAAGUUUGCUCUGUUUGAUGAACAGCACCGUGAGGAGAUGCGCAAGGAGAGACGCAGAAUCCAGGAGCAAUUACGGAGAUUAAAACGGAACCAAGAAAAAGAGAAACUCAAGGGCCCUCCAGAAAAGAAACCCAAAAAAUUAAAGGAACGUCCAGAUCUGAAACUAAAAUGUGGAGCGUGUGGUGCAAUUGGCCAUAUGAGGACUAACAAAUUUUGCCCUCUUUACUACCAAACAAAUGCUCCACCUUCUAAUCCUGUUGCAAUGACAGAAGAGCAGGAGGAAGAGCUGGAAAAAACAGUCAUUCACAAUGAUAAUGAAGAACUCAUCAAAGUAGAAGGAACAAAAAUUGUCCUUGGAAAGCAACUGAUAGAGAGUGCGGAUGAGGUUCGCAGGAAAUCACUGGUCCUGAAGUUUCCUAAGCAGCAGCUUCCUCCAAAGAAGAAGAGGCGAGUAGGGACAACUGUUCACUGCGACUACCUGAAUCGUCCUCAUAAAUCCAUCCACCGACGUCGAACAGAUCCCAUGGUGACGCUAUCGUCCAUCUUGGAGGGCAUCAUCAACGAUAUGAGGGAUCUUCCUAAUACGUAUCCCUUUCACACGCCAGUAAAUCCAAAGGUUGUCAAAGAUUAUUACAAGAUUAUUACUCGGCCUAUGGAUCUGCAGACCUUGCGUGAGAAUGUUCGUAAGCGUCAAUAUCCUUCCCGGGAGGAGUUCAGAGAACACCUGGAGCUAAUUGUUAAGAACAGUGCCACAUACAAUGGGCCAAAGCACUCGCUGACGCAGAUAUCUCAGUCCAUGCUGGAUCUGUGUGACGAAAAGCUGAAGGAGAAAGAAGAUAAACUGGCUCGAUUAGAAAAAGCAAUCAAUCCCCUCCUGGAUGAUGAUGAUCAAGUGGCCUUUUCCUUCAUUUUGGAUAACAUUGUCACUCAAAAGAUGAUGGCGGUUCCAGAUUCUUGGCCAUUUCAUCACCCAGUUAAUAAGAAGUUUGUUCCUGAUUAUUACAAGGUCAUCACUAAUCCAAUGGAUCUUGAGACGAUCUGCAAGAAUAUCUCCAAACACAAAUACCAGAACAGGGAGACUUUCCUGGAUGAUGUUAACCUCAUCCUUGCUAACAGCAUUAAGUACAACGGGCCAGACAGUCAGUACACAAAAACAGCCCAGGAGAUCGUAAACAUCUGUUAUCAAACUCUAGCUGAGUACGAUGAGCACCUGACUCAACUUGAGAGAGACAUCUCAACUGCUAAGGAAGCAGCACUAGAGGAGGCAGAUCUGGAAAGUCUUGAUCCUAUGACCCCAGGUCCCUACACUCCACAGUUUGGCCAUCUGAUUUGUGUUAUACCAACGCUUCCCUCCGUGUGCCAGUUGGUGCUUCAGUCUGUCAAUGUGAGAGCAGUUUGUCUGCUAUGGACACAAAGAAGCAAGGAACUCUGGUCAGAAUCCUCCAUCUUCUCAUGUGGGUUGAGAGAUGGGUUGUGUAAGCAAAUCACCAAAAGGAGGUAAUCCCUUGGCAGGAAACAGGUAACAAAGAUCAGCAGGUUUCCCAGGCAGAGAAGGGAACACAUUUCAAAGGCUGUCCAAUUUGCUCUGAUGGAAGAAGAAAAACAUGAAGAGAACUGGGAAUUUCGGUACUGCAAAUCAAAGAGUAGAGAAUCAAAAGCUGCAAAAGACUUUGCCUAAGGGCAAAUGUUUAUUUGCUUCACUGCUUCUGAGAGUAGAAACCUGGUGACUCAAGCUGCAGUCUGCUAAUACGCAAUCUCUUGCAGGUUCCGAAUAGGGACAUGGUGAAGUGUACUCUACAGUUUUGAAGGAUGAUAAUUAACUUAUUGUGCUUGCAUGCAGUGAUGAUUAGAAGCUGUACGAACGCCUAGGAAGAGAUGGCUGCCACUGUGGAUACAGUGCAAUUGUAAAAGAAAGAAAAAUCCACAAAACCGCUGACACCUUAGAGCUGUUAAAUCGUUAUUAAUGAACUGGUUACAGUAACCAUGGAUAUUUUUCUUAGUCUUUAGUCUGUAUUAAACAGCAACAAUAAAAAUGUGUUAGAGGAGAAGAGCUAGCAGAAGGAGAUAAAGUAAUAGGAGCAUGAAAAGAAAUACUCAGGAGGAGGAAGAAGGUGAGGAGAGCCACAGGUUUGAAGCUGGUACCAGAAAGACUACGGGGAACUAUUGAACAAUCCAGACCAACAGAGGCUGAAUACAAAUGAUUCCAUUUGUUGGUUUGGCUGUCUGUGGCUUUGGGAAUGCCUUCUUCUAGAUUUGUGUAAGUCUUCAGGUUUUCUGUAGACUUCCAGUUUAUGGCCUUUGGGACAAAAUCUGCAUGUUCUCUCUGCUUUGUACUCAUGGUGACUGGGAGAUGAAUGGGAGAGGAGGGCAGGACAAGACUUGAUGGAAGCUGUGUCUGCUUUGAAAACAUCCUGUGAAAACAUUCAGUUUUUUAGAUCUGGUGAUGUUUUCCAUAAAUGUCUCAGUAAACAAAAGGUAAACAAAGAACUCUGGCACUUUUAAGGCUGGAGAUUUCCUUUUCAUAGAUGACCAUAUUCAAGUAAAGGUAUGUGGAGACUGUGUGCUCCCUGAUCGUAGGAUAAAGAGAAAUGAUCUUUGCUCUUAUUGUUAUUUUAAACUGUUUCUCCUCCCUCCUCUCGUUUCCCUGCCCACCACUGUGGUCGGGAUGUCUGUCAUGCCUUUGGCUCACACCCAGUAGUGCCUUCCUCAAUGGUAUUGCUAUUUGUGUUCCCC